CUUGGCCUCUCCCAAAACUGGUCACACUGGACUGUCACUUUUUCUUUGUGUAAUUUUUUGUAGUGAAAAUCUUAAAAGUAGAAAACAAUUUAAACAGGCACCCCCGCAACCACGUAUAAUGUCGGAGAACAAGGACGAGACCCUGGCCAGUUUCCAGAACAUAACUGGCAUCGACGAUGUCGGAGAGGCCUUCUCCCACCUGGAGGCUGUCAACUGGAAUCUUAUGGAUGCCCUGAGCCGAGUCAUGCCCCAUGACGAUGCGCCGCUGUCCAAUCCCAUACAGGCGGCCCGGCCAGCUGUCCCGGAUCCAGUGCAGCCGGGAUCGCAAUCGAACACAAACGGGUUCAGGCCACCCAGCUACGAUGAACUGCCGGGGCCAUCGAAUGCAGGCGCCUCCAGCUUCUUUGCUUUGCACAACCAUAAUCAGAACCAGCGGCAUCGGUAUCCCACCCAUCUGACGUCGACCAUUAACUUGGACCCCUCCAGUCAAAACAACAACCAAAACGUCAUGAACUUCAACAUACACUUCAAUCAGAUGUUGUUCCACAUACGAUUGCCUCCAACAGCAACGAUUGAGCAACUGAAACGCAAAAUUUUCGACGCGACCAAUGUCCCAGUGUGUCGGCAGGCCAUAAGCGGCUGGCCGCCAUCGAGGGCCAGCGAUGCUCAGAUAGGGGGAACACAAAUUUGUAAUUUAGAUUUGUCACAGGAAAACGAGCUGAUUCUCGUUGAUCUAACCGAUGAUGGUUUCAUGGACACAGAGCCAGAUGAGGUGCCGCAGCGAACAGAUAAGGAUUUCACCAUCAAGAUAGUGUACGAGCCGGAAGGCACCUUCACAAUGAACGUAUCCGGACAGACUACCAUCCAAGAAGUUAAAAUGAAUGUCUUCUGCAUGAAGAACAUACCAGUGAGGCAUCAAGAAUGGACCGGCUGGCCCAGUGGUUGUAAUAAUGAGACAACCUUGGCGCAAUCAGGCAUUGAGCUGAAUCACCGAUUCGUCUUACGAAACAUUGAGGAACGCGUUCAAUCAAAUUCCAAUGUGCCUCUCGAUGGCGAAAACGCACAAACGAGUUCCAGUUUGUUGAACAACGUAUUCGAUGUUGUGAAUCUCGACAGCGAGAGCUCAGCGGAUGAGUUUGAGGAUGCCACGGACUUCAAUACGGCUGAGUACAUAUUUACAGAUUCUCCGCCCGUUCAACCGCUCAACAGACAUCUAAUACCAAACAAUACGGAUGAUGAGACGACUGGCUCCACCCAGUUUGUGGCGAACUACCGGUCCCGGUUCGGUGAGCCCUAUCCUGAGUUCUUUGACGGCAGCUUAGAUAAUGCCUUGCAGCUGGCCUGCCACAAGCCUGCCAAAGAGCGUAAACUCUUGGCCAUUUACUUACAUCACGGCGAGAGCAUACUCACGAAUGUUUUCUGUGAUCAUCUGAUGAAAGCAGAGAGCAUAAUUCAGACAUUAAAGGAAAAGUUUAUUCUCUUCGGCUGGGACAUGACCUACGAGAGCAACAAGGAUAUGUUCCUCUCUUUGCUGACGGCUCGUAUAAGCAGCAACGCCUCACUCACGGCUAGAAACAUAAAGCUGGACAAGCUUCCGGCCAUUAUGCUAAUUGGAAAGAGCCGACAAUUGGGAAGUAACUGCGAGGUUCUCUCUGUGAUUCAUGGUAAUAUUGGUCUUGAUGAUUUGCUAACGAGGCUCAUUGAAACAACCGCCAUGUACGAGGAGCAGCUGCAGGUUGAGAUACGACAGGAGGAUGAAAAAGCGGCACGGGAUCAAGUGAAGGCCGAGCAGGACAUGGCAUACGAGGAAACCCUGCAGGCGGACAUGGCCAAAGAGGCAGCAAAGAGUCAAAAGGCGGCCGCCCAGGCAGCCGAACGUAAGCGCAUUGAGUCAGAGCGAGCUGAGGAGAGCGCCAGGCGCGAGUCCAUACGAUUAGUCGCUGAACAGUCGCUGCCUCAGGAGCCGGGGGAGCAGGAAACGAACAUAUUCAAGAUACGUGUGCGAAAGCCCACGGGAGAUUUUCUCGAAAGAAGAUUCUACACUCAAAACAACUUGCAGGAUCUGCUGAACUAUGUGACCGCCAAUGGGUUCCUCAUCGAAGAGUACAAACUGAUCAGCAGCUGGCCGCGUCGCGAUCUGACAGCCAUCGAAUCUAGCCAAACCCUGGAGAUGCUCAAACUGUAUCCGCAGGAGACGUUCAUACUAGAAGAGCGAUGAUUUCGUUUCGUUCCGUGUUAAGAGUUUCGUUUUUUCAAUUUCAGAAAUUGUAGAGUUUAUCUAUCAGUUAAGUAUAAUAAUUUUAGUGGAGCCCCAAAAGUAUACAAACACCGUACACAUAAUACAAAUACAAACAUAUACUAUAUCUAA